GAGAAGACCAAAGGCUGAGUUCACAUGGCAAUCGCUUAUGACACGAAAAGUAGUCUUCGAGUUGUUAUCGAAAAUCCCCGUGAUUCGAAAAAAUCCUCGCAARCAAAAAGAYCAGCAAAAGACCUCUCAUCAAGCUCUGAAGCGYACCACAAGUACUAACGACUUUAAAUCAUCGAGCACACAAAAACCUGGCAGUCAGAUUUCAAAUCAUUCAGUGCCACCGCAGUCUUCAAUCACCCAGGACUCGCCUCCAACCCUUCACCUGCGCGGACAAAUGAAAUACAUAAAGUCCUGGGACAAGAUACUGUAUAUUUGUUCACCUCUUAUUGGUAGUCUGGACGCCAUGCUUGAUACAGGUUUAUACAUGAAUGACUUCAGUAUGCAUGACACGUCACAAGAGAUGGUUCUUUCAGGCAUCAAACCGCUGCCRCAACUAGAAUACGCACGUGAUCAGCAAUUCGAACAAGGGAGAGAGUUGGAACAAACUAUGGAAAAACUCAACAAUGAACGUCAAAAGAGCGAGGAACUGCUUUAUCGAAUGAUUCCCAAGGAAAUAGCUGACCGACUCAGACAAGGAGAAAGUCCAAUUAGCACUUGUGAGUAUUUUGACAGUGUGACAGUGAUGUUUAGCUACAUGGAUGGCUUCGCCUCAAUCUGCGCCCGCGUUAGCCCAAUGAAAGCRGUUACGUUGAUAAAUAACGUGUUUACGCUGUUUGACCGUCUCACCGAGAGACACAAUGUAUACAAGUUUGAAACGCUUGGAGACGCUCUUUACAUGGUCGUGUCUGGAGCACCCAAGCGUCAAGACCAUCACGCCGAACCGAUGGCUGCGAUGGCCCUUGACAUGUUGAAUACAGUUCAGAAAGUCAAAGAUCCCAUUACCAAGAAAGCAAUGACAGUUACUAUAGGUAUCCACACCGGUCCUGUCGCUGCAGGUUUGGUCGGAGAGAUGACCCUGCAGUAUUGUCUUUUUGGGGACACGGUGAACAUUGCAUCAAGAUUAMGAACUACAGCUUUGCCAAUGAGGAUCCAUAUUAGCGAGCAAUGCAACGAGGCGCUAAAAGGAUCUAAAUUCCAGGUUGAAUUUCGUGGUGUCAUCGAAGUGAAGGGCAAAGGGAAGAUGAAAACGUUUUGGUUGAUCAGAUAAAGCAACAUUUCAUAUUAAACUUUUCAUUGUUGUAUAACUUCACGUAUAACUUUCUUAACUAAGUAUCAUGACUAUAUAUAAAAACAAGUACAGAAAACUGAUUUGUUUGGAAAAAAAGCAUGUCAGAUCACCAGGUUAGAAUGUAUAUUGUACAAGGUUCGUGCCGCGCUCUCCUUGAAAUCCUUUGAAAAGUCCUGGAAUUGAAAACUCGUUUUCAAGGGUGCUUGAAAGGCCUUGYUGAACAUCGCUGAAACUCCUUGUGAAACUCCUGGAAAAACUCCUUGAAUCUGAUAAAAUUGACAUGUUGCUUGUAUUUAGCUUUUGGAUUGAAAUUGGGCUCAUUUUUGAAAAUCUCCACUUGAAACGUCUGCAAACAUCGAAAAAUAUCUUAAAAAAUACUMCUUGGAAAUCGCAUUUUUGUGCUUGAAAAGUUCUUGAAAAGUCCUGGAAUUUUAUCGUGAAAAUGUAGCACGAACCCUGAUUGUAGUUCUUUGUAAAACAACCCUAAAGGMAAAUAGACCUCGAAAAAAUCCUUCAAAUUAUCAAAACAGAGGAUGUCUAAUAAAGCCUAGGGAGGAAGAAGUUUCCUUGCGAACUUUUUUGACCUUUUUUAGGUGUUUUUUCUGAGUACUUGAUCCAGAUUUGAACGAGGACGUCCUUCCUCUAAACAAGACAUAUUCAAGACAAAAUAUAGAGCUAUCCAAGUCUCAAUGGUUGGCAUCAUAUGCCAACAAAAGCGAACAACCGCUGCUUUAUUUGACAACAGAUUCUCUURCACAAAGACCUAAAGAAAAAAAAAUCUAAAGAAAGUACGAGGAAAUAAUGUCGUUCUUACAAUAGCCUUGAAAAUUUGCUUCUUCUCCGAGUUGAGGCUAACCCUGUAUUCCCAUGAGAACUAAGCUUUAAGCCUUCUGGAAAUACAGGCACAACAUUUUCUCCUGCUUUCUUUUGUGUUUGGUAAGGUCUUUGCGUAAGAGAAUCUGCUGUCAAAUAUAACAGCRGUUAUUCGCGUUGGAUUCGAAAUUGAAGUUUUCUUUUAAAUUCAUAGCUAAUACCUUGUGUUUAUCUUGUGCUAUGUACUAUUUGACACUAAAUAAUAUUUUGGCUUAAAAGCUUGAUUAAAAAAACAAUUCGAACAAAAUGAAGUGAGGACGUGUUGAGUUCAGAGUUUGACCCUGGCCUUAAGAUUUUAAUUUACCAUUUUUUUAAUUGUUUGUUUUUAUUUUGGUUGCUUUUUUUCUCAUUUUAAUGUCAUAUYCGUCUUCUCAAAUGCCACCGGAAGAAUAUGGAAUUAGUUCCGUUCACAAUUUGCG